GCAUCGUAUCAUUCCGCGGCGGACCGGCGCACGCGCAACAUGGCGCGCCGUGCGCUACUCACGUUACUCCUAUACUUCACAAUCGCCCACGCUCAAAUACUAACGCCGCCAUACGUCAACUUAGCUCAAGGGAAAAAAAUCACGGCCACUGCGACAUGCGGAGACGAAGGGCAAGAGUUGUAUUGCAAGCUGGGAGGAGCCAACACUGGCGAAGAUGAACACGUGAUCCAAGGACAGAUCUGCGACAUUUGCGAUGCGACGAGCGACACCAAGAAGCACCCGCCUGAGUACGCUGUGGACGGCAUGGAGACGUGGUGGCAGAGCCCUCCACUUUCACGCGGCAUGAAAUAUAAUGAGGUCAACCUCACCAUCGAUCUGGGCCAGGAGUUCCAUGUGGCGUAUGUGUUCGUCCGGAUGGGCAUAUCCCCGAGACCAGGUCUCUGGGCGCUGGAGAAGUCCACAGAUUACGGCAAGACCUUCAAGCCUUGGCAAUAUUUCUCCGAUUCCCAAUAUGACUGCAAACUGUACUUUGGCGAGGAGAGCCUGCAGCCGAUCACACGAGACGACUCUGUCAUCUGCAGCACGGAAUAUUCCAGAAUCGUGCCCUUGGAAGGGGGAGAGAUCCCCAUAUCUUUACUGAACUCACGACCAUCGGCGAACAAGUACUUCAACUCGUCAGUGUUACAAGAAUGGACGCGCGCCACCAACGUGCGCCUGCGCUUCAUGCGGACCAAGAACAUGUUGGGACAUCUCAUGUCCGUCGCGAGGCAAGACCCCACUGUGACACGAAGGUACUUCUACAGUAUAAAAGACAUCAGUAUCGGUGGUCGGUGCAUGUGCAACGGCCACGCAGACAAUUGUGACCCGGAGAACCCUCCGACCGAGAGCAAUAUCCUCGUCUGCCGCUGUCAGCACAACACGUGCGGCCCGCAGUGCGCGCAGUGCUGUCCAGGGUUCGAACAGAAGAAAUGGAGGAUCUCCCAGAAUUGGGACAAGUUUGAGUGCGAACCUUGCAACUGCCACAACCACUCGACGGAGUGCGUUUACGAUCCAGAAGUAGACGAGAAGCGGCUGUCCCUGGACAUCCACGGGAGGUACGAAGGCGGUGGCGUUUGCAAGAAUUGCCAGCACAACACAGAAGGCACCAACUGCAACAAGUGUCGGCCAACGUUCUACCGGCCGUGGAACAAGAAGUGGGGCGAAAUCGAUGUGUGCCAGCCGUGCCAAUGUGAUCUGCACUUUUCCACCGGCAACUGUGCUGAGGAGACAGGCACGUGUGAAUGCCGCAAGGAGUUCCAGUCGCCGAGCUGCGACUCCUGCGCAUAUGGAUACUUCGACUACCCCGACUGCAAGCCCUGCACGUGCAACCUCAACGGUACUGAAGGCAAUAACUGCACUCCUGUUGGCGGCUUGUGUCCAUGCAAAUUCAACUUCGCUGGUAAAUCUUGUGAGAUAUGCGCAGACGGUUACUAUUCAACCGAAUGUAAAAACUGCGAGUGCAACUCCAUCGGGUCUGUCUCGCAGGUGUGCGACAAGGACACCGGCAACUGCACCUGCAAGAGCAAGUACAGUGGCCGCACGUGCAACCAAUGCGAAGCGGGGUACUUCAACUAUCCUACUUGCAAACAAUGUAAUUGCGACAUUAGUGGCACGGAGGCCGCCAUUUGCGAUGACGUCACAGGGCAGUGCAUCUGCAAAGUCGGCUUCGGGGGCGCCCGCUGCGACCAGUGCAUCUCUGGAUACUACAUGGAGGUCAGAGGUCGCGAACGGCAGUGUGUUCCCUGCAACUGUUCCCCCACCGGUUCCACAUCCACAAGUUGUUCCGCAGACGGAAAGUGCAACUGCCUGGUCAGCUUUGGGGGGAAACAGUGCGCUCAAUGUUCACCUGGAUACUACAAAUAUCCUGAAUGUUUACCUUGUAACUGCGACGUGUCCGGUUCGCUCGGGUCUACAUGUGACGACAUAGGCCUCUGUCACUGCAAACAGAACUUCGACGGCAACAAGUGCGACAAAUGCAAGCCACAAUUUUACAACUACCCCGUUUGCGAGGAAUGCAACUGCGACCCGAGGGGUGUCAUCCCCCAAUUUGCUGGUUGUGGUUCUGUACCCGAAGGAGAACUCUGUCUUUGUAAGGAAUAUGCUCACGGUCGUAUUUGUAAUGACUGCAAACCUCUGUUCUGGAACUUGCAAGAGUAUAAUCCAGUCGGAUGCGAAAAAUGUAGUUGCAACGUAUCCGGGACCCUCGGCGGUCUGGGAGCGUGCGACACUAAGAGCGGACAGUGCGUGUGCAAGAUGAAUGUGGGCGAGCGGCAGUGUGAUCAGUGCCGCGACGGCUUCUACCAGCUCCAGUCGGACAACGUGUUCGGUUGCACUGAAUGCGACUGCGAUCCCGGUGGUUCCAUCGACAACAUCUGCGACAAGUGGACUGGCCAGUGUCGCUGCCACUCUAGGGUCGAAGGGCGGCGUUGUGACCGACCAAUCAGAGCUCACUACUUCCCAACCCUCCACCAAUUCCAGUACGAAGUAGAAGAAGGUCUAACGCGUUCUGGACCAGUGAGGUACAGGAACAAUGAAGCAGUCUUCCCUGGAUACUCGUGGAAGGGAUACGUCGUUUUUUCUGUUUUACAGAACGAAGUUAUCAACAUUGUACAUAUACUCUCGAAAUCUUCACUAUAUCGGAUGGUGAUCAAGUAUGCAAACACUCUCAAAGAUCCCGUCAUUGCUUCGGUCAUCAUCACGCCCGAAAAUAUCAACGAUAUUCAACAAAAGUUCAGCGUACUCCUGAAGCCAACAACGGAGCCCCAGCUGGUGACGGUGGCGGGGGAGAAGGGCUUGGCACCGUCGCCCUUCGUCAUGAACCCCGGAAACUGGACUGUCACCAUCAAAACCACCAAGGAAGUCAUGAUUGACUUCUUCGUGCUAAUCCCAGAGACGUACUAUGAGGCGACCAUGCUGACCAAGCUAAUUGACAAACCUUGUGUAGUGAACGACAGCUCCUUGUGCCGUCAUUAUGUCUACCCCAGCGUGGCGAGACGGCCGUACGUUGACGUCAGCCACCUCAGUUCUUCAGCCACCAUCUUCAUUGACGGAGAACAGCAACUGAAGGAACUGAACGCGGAACCGAACUCAAUACCCGUGCUGAACAACGAACAAAACAGCUUAGAAUAUUCCAUGAGCAUUGAGCCGAACGGUCGCUACGUCCUCCUGAUAGAAUACGUGACUCCGAGCGACGCAGAUACUUCCAAUGUUUCCGUUCCGUUUUCUGCCCGGAACACCCUGACGGUCCGGUUCCAGUCCGGCUCGGAUCCGGAGACGUAUGCUAUAGCGAAGCUGAACGAGUGCCCCUACACGUCGCCGUGUCGGCAGGUCGUGGUUAAUGACCUGACAAUGAUCCACAUCGUAGAAGUCACCAAUAAGGAGAAUAACCUACGCUUGGAUGGCGAGCGCGACACUUUAGCCGGUAUCAAGUCGAUAAUCGCCAUUCCUGAAUCAGAGUGGCACCUUGACUUCAUGACCCCGAAGCCGCAUUGUCUGCGACGCAACGGGAAAUGCGAACCAAGCGUCUUCUCGGCCGCCAUUGAUUCUAAGAAGGUUGAAAUCGAGACAGGGUCAGGCGGCGACACGGCCACCCGCCCACCCAUUCUGGACAACUCCACGACAGUGGUGUAUUUGGAGCCUUCCACAGAGCCCGUCAAGAUCGAGACCAAAGUCCCAAAUCCCGGAGACUACAUGUUCGUGGUGCAUUACUACCAGCCUUAUCAUCCAAAAAGCAACGUAGACGCCGUGAUAGUAAUCGACGGGAACAAAUACCAGACCGUAAUUCCGGUGGAAUUCUGCCCGUCCAGCACGGGCUGCCGCUCCUUGCUACAGCAGCUCGACGGGAGACGCCAGUUUCCCGUCACUGAGAACAUCACAAUUACUUUCUCUGGAGAAAACAGCAAAGGCGUAUGGCUGGACUACCUCUUGGUCGUCGGAGCUCCCGACUUCACGGAGGCAGCGCUGAAGGAAGCCAACAUGGUGGACUACACGCGUCAGUUCAUUGAGAACUGCGCCUCCAAUCAUUACCAGAUCAGCCGAAACACCAGCGAUUUCUGUCGCGAGUCGAUGUUCUCCAUCACGUCGGAAUACAACAGUGGCGCCUUAGCUUGCCUGUGCGACUUCAUGGGCUCGACCGAGUUGGAGUGCGACACAUUCGGGGGUCAAUGCCCUUGCAAGCCCAACGUCAUCGGCAGGUCCUGCCGCGCUUGCAAGACGGGCUUCUACGGCUUCCCCAACUGCAAGCCUUGCCACUGUCCCUCAACGGCCAUUUGCGAUGACAACGGCAUGUGCAUCUGCCCUAAGAACGUGGAGGGCGAGGAUUGCAACCGCUGCAAGAAAUACACGUUCAACUUUGACGUGCAGCGAGGGUGCGACGACUGCAACUGUAACCCUCUCGGCGUAGUCAACAACAAUCUGCAGUGCGAGGCUGACAACGGAAACUGCGACUGCAAGGAGAACGUGAUUGGUCGCGUGUGUGACCGCUGCGUGCCCGGACACUACGCGUUCCCGGACUGCGUGCCGUGCAGCUGCGCCCGCGACGGCACCACCGACGACGUUUGCGAUCAAAACACGGCCCAGUGUUACUGCAAGAAGCACGUGCGGGGACAGGCAUGUAACACGUGUAAGGAGGAUUACUUCAACCUGCAAAGUGGCAACCCUGACGGCUGCACCAAGUGCUUCUGCUUCGGCAAGACCACACGCUGCGCCAGCUCUUAUUUGGCAUGGGGAGAGAUCAACGGCAUGAGCGACUGGUACCUGGCUAACAUUGAAGUUAACCGCACCCUGAACACAUUCCCGCACCCGGAUCUGCCGGUCAUGCAGAACGACUCCACCAUCGAAGUCGAUUUCCGAAGUCUAACUGCUGAAGCCAAGGUUCUCUACUUCGGAGCCCCACAGUAUUACCUCGGUAAACGCUUGACCUCGUACGGCGGUUACCUGACAUACGCAAUCUAUUAUACCGCUGGGGACAGAGGCCGUCCGUCAGCCGAGCCCGACCUCAUCAUUGGGGGCUCCAACGGCUACAUCGUCCACAACAGCAUAGAACAGCCGCCUUCGGAAACCACCUGGACCCACUCGGUCAGGAUCAGUGAGGACCAGUUCACAAACGUGGACGGCACCGCGGUCUCCAGAGACCACUUUAUGAAUAUCCUGGUUAAUGUCACCAGCAUCUAUAUUCGAGCAACGUAUUGGGAAGAAGGGAUUGUUACACAAUUGAUGAGUGUACUAUUGGACGUGGCUGUGCCAGUGGAGUAUGACGAGUUCGACCCGGCGAAGCAGGCGACCUCGGUGGAAUAUUGCCAAUGCCCCCCCGCCUACAGGGGCAUGUCUUGCGAACAAUGUGCUGCUGGCUACUAUCGGCUCAGUUCUGGACCUCAUGCUGGACGCUGCGUGCCCUGCCAGUGUAACGGGCACUCCAGGGAAUGCGACGUCAAUACCGGGAUCUGUUUGGGCUGUACGGACAACACGAUGGGAGACCACUGCGAGCAGUGCAUCAUUGGCUACCACGGCAACGCCACAGUGGGCACUCCGCGCGACUGCCUCAUCUGCGCAUGCCCAUUGCCCUACGCUUCCAACAACUUUGCCAUCGGCUGCGAUCUGAGUGAGAACGGUUCGCUGAUCUCCUGCGAUUGCCAGCCCGGGUACGGAGGCGCGAGGUGCGACUUUUGCGCUGCCGGCUACUACGGACAACCAGAGGUGCCAGGCGACUACUGCAAACCGUGCAACUGUUCCGGCAACAUCAACCCCGAGGACCCAGGCUCCUGCGACAGCAUCACCGGCGACUGCCUCAAGUGCGUCAACAACACAGCCGGCGCCGCCUGCAACCUCUGCGCGCCCGGCUUCUUCGGGGACGCCAUCUUCUCCAAGAACUGCACUGCAUGUAUCUGCAACGAAUUGGGCGUAGACUUCUGCGACCCGUCGACGGGCACCUGCAUAUGCCAACCGGGAGUCAUAGGCGAGAAAUGUGACCGGUGCGAAGACAACCACUGGGGGCUGAACAGCGGCCGAGGAUGUACUCCUUGCGACUGCGCACUGGCCUCCAACUCUAGCCAGUGUGAUGACAAUACUGGACAGUGCAGUUGUGCAAAGGGAGUGACAGGCCGUCACUGCGAGCACUGCGCCGCUGGAUACUGGAACUAUAACGAAAACGGAUGUGAUCAUUGCAACUGCAACACCGGCUACUCUGUCGGGUUCAUGUGCAACGCCACGGGACAGUGCGAGUGUUUGCCCGGGGUCAUCGGGGAAAAGUGCGACCGUUGUCCUGAGAGAUGGGUGCUGAUUCCGAACCAGGGCUGCCAAGAAUGCGACUCGUGCACAGACGCGCUCAUCUUCACCGUACAAGACCUACGUGACCUUCUCUUGAAUGAAACACAGGAGUUCAAGGACAAAGCCGACUCGUUCUUCACGACACAGCGCUUGAACUACAUCUCCAACCAGACGGAAGCGCUGCGCCCGCGCAUAUCCGAGCUCCAGAAUGUUGACCUCGCUGACGUCACCACGGCUUUCAGGUCUCUCGAGAGUGCCGCCAAGAAUCUGCUCAGAUCUGCGGAGUUCGCAGCCACGGACAGCGACAAGCAGAUCGGACGAGCGGCAGAACUGGCAUUAGACGCGGACAAGAUCUUGAAGAUGGUCCGCAGCAGCGCGGACGAAGCGGCGGCCGUAAUCGCACACGUCGCCGACCUAGCGACCGGACUCGAGCUCAGCCAGCAACCGAAAGUGGACAGCGCCUUGACUGAAGCCAAGCAGAUCAGGGACGAUUUGGCUGAUAAGGAUCUCAAACCGAAGCAACUUCUAGCAGUAGGUUCACUGAAUAACGCCACCACUCAGAUUGAACGAAUGAAAAUAUUCGUUCAGCCGGUCAACGAACAAGCAAAGCGUUUCGAUGCUCUGGUGAACAACACAAAAGACUUGAAGAAGAAAUUGGACGAAAUGCUCGAGUACACCGACCUGGCGCAGCACACGGUGGAAAUGGCAAAGAGGCUUAAUUUCAAGAACAAGCAAUCGAAGUCCAACAGCAAGGUGGGUUCGGUGACGGACCUAAGCAGCGCGGCCAUGUUAGAUUUGAUCGACGCGGCUCACGACACGACCAACGCGACGAAACUCACAAACGUAGCCACGGACGAGGUCGCCGACGCCGCCAGCGCACUGGAGGACAACAAACAGCAGAACAUCAACGUAGACGACAGACUGAUAGAACUCGACAAGAAGAUGGCCGACUUGCACAAUUAUACAUUAGUGGCGCGACACCAUGCUCUGAGUUUGAGAAACAGGGCCGAUAAUCUCCGCGAAGUAGCCAAGCGGGAGAACAACAACACGAGGACGCAAGACGCGUACGCGGCCGCGUCCGCGUACUCUUCCAUAGUGCAGGAGAUCGCUGACGCCAAGAUGGCCGCUGACCAAGCUGAGGAAGCCAUCAGGGACGCCACACGUAUUAAACAGGACAUAAUAGUACAUGUGGAGCCUGCGCGGGAGAAGUCUCAGAAGCUAUUGCAAGACGCCCUGGAAGCCCUGGAGACCGUGGACAAGGCCCUGGGACCCAACCUGACGCUGGCCAUCAGCUCGCUCGCCGGCGCUGCCGAGACUCUGGGCACGGCCGAAGAUGAUACCAAUGCCAUAGAACUGGCUAUGCCACCACCAAGCUCAUUUGCCCUGCAAGAGGAGGCAGCUAAAGGAGACAGAGUUAACGCCGUGGUCCGCAACACGCGGGAGAUCAUGUCCGAGCUGGGCAAAGACCUCGCCAACAGCAAAGACUGGGCGCAAACGCUGCCCAAGCAAGCGGACGAGGCGCAGAAGAUGGCCGCCAACGUCGAAUCAUUAUUGAAACAAACGGAGAAGACUGACGCGGUGGACGCGAAGUACCGCGCGGUGAAGAAUAGGCAGGAAGACUUAGAGCACAGGAGGGCAGAAGCCAACGCCAAACUCCUCAGGCUUAAGGAGCAGAUAGAACAGGCGAGAACAAUUGCGAACCGCAUCCAAUUCGGCGUGAGCUUCGACCGGCUUUCUACUCUCCAGCUUCGUCUACCAGAUAACAUCGAUGAAAUGUCCACCUCCACUCAAGUCUCCGCGUACUUCCGGACUAAGGAGAAGGACGGUUUCUUGUUGUACCUUGGAAACCCUAAAGACACUAUGCUGAGGAGGAGCAAAUCUGACGACUUCAUGGUGCUGAGCAUACAGAACGGCUACCCUCGACUCGAGAUGGACAUCGGCGACAGUUACGACUCCGGCCGCGACCCCGCCAAGUUUAUCAGCGAUAAAUACGUCGCGGACAACCAGUGGUACCAGGUCAUUGUCAACAGAGUGGGCCGCAGCGUGAAGCUGUCUAUCCGCGAGGCUCUCGCCAACGGCUCAGAAUACACGCACUCCAAGGAAGGCAUGCUGCCUGGAACACACACCAUCUUCAACCUGGACAAGCAGAAGUCCAAGCUGUAUGUGGGUGGUGUGCCGUCUGACGCCAAGCUGCAGAAGAUCAGCUUCCCCGCCUUCGAAGGACAGAUCGAAGAACUAAUGAUAGGAGACACCCCCGUCGGACUCUGGAACUUUGUGAAUGCUACAAAUCUGAAGGGAUCUAGGCAGAGGAACAAGUUGAUAACUCCGCCGGUGUGGCCGCAAGAGUAUCGCUUCAACGGGCGCUCCCACGUCACCAUGGCCGGGUCCGGCUACCUCGAGCCCGAGAAGAACCACAUCCAACUGUUCUUCCGCACGUACGCGCCCAACGGACUCAUCUACCUGGUUGGGGAGAACAACCACUUCUUCUCCGUCCAGAUGCAAGAUGGCGCUGUAUACUUGCAGGUUGCCUUUGGCCCAAGAGAGGAGGACCUGGUAAUCCUGGGCACUUCAAAGACAUACAACGACGGAAACUGGCACAAACUGGAUGCCACACGAUACCUCUCAGACUGUUCUCUCAAAGUGGACGGGGAGAUACUGAGAUCAGUCCUGUCGUCAUCAGUGAAAGAGAUCCCCGCUACGGAUACCAUGAACUUUGGAGGCGGCAACAAAGACAUAUCCAGGGUCACCAACCAAGGAUUUGACGGAUGUAUCAGGCAGAUCAGUAUAGACAGGAUUAAUGUGGAACUCAGUGACAGCAUAGAGUCUAUCGGAAUGGUGUAUGGAUGUCAGUUCUCGUCCCUGGUGUCGCUGUCGGGCCAGGACAGCUACCUGCGCUACCAGAACAUCACGUCGGAGAACCCCCAGGUCACGCUCAAGUUCCAAACGUCGUCUCCGGACGGCCUUCUGUUCGUCUACUCCAGUCGAACGCUCACCGCCAACAGCCAGGACCUCAUGUCGCUGUCACUUAUCAAGGGUCAACUGGUGUUAACAAGUCAACGGGAGAAGCUAGAUACUGGGCUGAACACGUACAAUGACUCACAAUGGCAUGUGGUCACCGUGACACACGGCGCCAAGGCGCUCAAGAUGGUCAUCGACGAUUAUGACUACUACAGUACUGACACAGCUCCAGACCCUCUGCAUAUACUCAACGGAGUUCUAUUCAUCGGCGGGGUCCAGCCCGGAUACGUGAUCGCCGGCAAGAUCGGGUCCCGGGCUCCGUUCCAGGGCUGCAUCGCGGACGCCACGCUCAACGGCCGCGUGCUCAACCUCCUGGAGCCGCUCAGCAACAGCAGCGUCACCUUCGGCCGCUGCGGCGCGGUCACCUCCACUGGCGGAGUGUUGCCAGGCGGAGACUAUCCCACGCUGCCCACGCCGACAGUGUUGCCGACGCCUGCGCCCGCGCCGCCCGAGACUGAAGCGCCCGACGUGACCUCCGCACCAGUCCUAGGCGGUCGGGUGAUCGACAUCCAGACGACACCAAAGAGUACCGCAGUGAGCGCUCCUCCGACCACGCCACGGCCGCGACCGCAGCCCGAGAGCGGCUGUGCGCUUGCGCACGACAACUACUAUACUGUGGGGAGCCCUGACGAAGGCUACCGGUUUGGUUCGCGUCGAGACAGCCGCAUCGAGUACGGCAAGCUGCCGGGCCGCCAGCUGGAGCUGUACGACCUCACCAUCAGCUUCCGCACCUUCGACAAGCACGGAGGUCUCAUCUUCUACGCCGAGGCUGACGGCGCGCCCGAUCAGUUCCUCGCUGUCUACAUGAUCAGUGGCUUGCUCCACGUAGCGUUUAACUGUGGCGAGCGCACCGGCCGCGUGUCAUCGAUCCAAUCCUACAACGACACGGAGUGGCACCAGCUGACCCUGGUCCGCAACGGAGGCCACAGCAAGGUCACCGUCGACAACAAAGAGGUCGGCGAGACCAGCGUCGCUUGCGUCAACCCUAAAGUGCUCGCGCCGCCGUACUUCUACGGAGGACUUCGUAAAGUCACCACGCAUUACAAUGACACCGUGGGCUUCUACCAGCCGUUCAAGGGCUGCCUCAAGGGCCUGCUGAUGAACGGGCAAGUGGUGAAGGAUGUGCAGCAAAGAGUGAACGCGCUGCGUUGCGUCGACAAUGUCGAGGAUGGACUCUAUUUCGAGCCUGCUAAGGGCGAGUUUAGCAGCUACCUCAAGUUGGUGAACCACUUCCGCGUGGGUAACGAAGUGGGCAUCGCGAUGGAAGUGAAGCCUCGCAACAGCACAGGACUUCUGCUCAGCGUGUACGGCAAGAAGGAUUACCUCGUCAUCGAGAUGUUGGAGAACGAGGUGGUUGCCAGGGUCGAGAACGGCAAGGGUCCCUUCCAGGCCAGCUUCAACUUUGGCGAAAACUUCUCUCUCUGCGACGGGAAGUGGCACAGGAUUCACGCCCUGAAGUCCCACCACGUGGUGACCAUCGGAGUGGACGGCCACUUCUCCGACGCAGUCCUAGGCCAGUCGGGCUCCACAGACACGCGCUACGGUCUCUUCAUCGGCGGCCACGAACGCGACGUGAAGACGCUGCCCGGCACGCAGUCCCGCCAGGGCUUCGUCGGCUGCAUCCGGAACAUCCAGAUCAAGGAGAAGACCGUCACCAUACCCAGCACUGCCACCUCCAGGGGCGUGCAUAUUGGCGUCUGCCCAUUGGAUUAGCUCAUUCAAAAAACAUCUCUUUCUGCCUAAUUUCAUCCCAUUGUAAUAGCUGACCUUAUCCCACUUCUUAUUGCUGACCUUAUCCCACUUCUUAUAGUUGACUUUUAUCGAGUCCGCCAAUUGUAAUUUUGUAGUUGAACCUGAAUUCGUUUAUUAUAUUUGGUCGAACACGAAAUGUUUAUUUGUAAAUCCAGCUCAUCCAGCCUGACUUGAAUAUAUAUCCAUUGCGUUGUACAUGAUGCGCAACUUACAAGACUAAUCAAUUUUCUAUGACAUAAUUAUGUAUUUGCCCCCAUUUUUAUCAUAAAUCUACCUAUUAAAUAAAGCUACAAAAUCGCAUUUUCUUCUAUAUAAAUAUAAUUAAUAUUAAACAUACUAUUUACUCGAAAUUAUUAAUAUCCCUAAUUUAUUAAUAAAUAAAAUAGUUGGGGAGACUAGGUAUCAUUUUUAUAAGCCAAUUUGUAUGUCUACUCUAAACUAACCACCCAUAAAAUAAGGUUUUAGUAAGGUUGUAAUUGUAACCCCUCCAUAGCAAGUGAACAUAUUCUCAACUAUGUAAUCCUGUGUUCGUUUGACGUGCUCGAGUACUACUUAAAUCUCCUUUCGGGCUCCCCCAACUAUACAGCCAUAAACACUAGCUAUUUUUUAUAAACUUUGAUAUUUAUAAAUCUAUAUACAUAUACGAUUUUUAUAACAAUAUAUAUAUAUAUAUAUAAUAUAAUAGUAGUAAUAUGCUGUAAAUAUAUAUAUAC